AUGGCAACGAAGCUGGUAACAAAAGAAGAGGAAGAACUUACAGCAGAGGAAAGAAGGAAACUGGAAAGAAAAUUAAAAAAAGAGCGCAAGAAGAAAGAAAAACAGCUGAUGAGGGAAGCUGGAAUCUCUACUAAAAAGGUGGAGGCCAAAAAGCAGUCGGGAUCUGAGCUGGCUCUGGCCUAUUUAACCAGCUGGUCUGAAAACCCAGAAGAAUGGAAGUUUCAAAAGACAAGACAAACCUGGCUUCUCUUGCACAUGUAUGAUAAAGAGAAGGUUCCAGACAAGUAUUUCACCAUUCUACUGGAUUAUCUGGAAGGGCUUCAAGGUGGUGCGCGAGACAUAACUGUGCAGAAAGCUGAAGCUUUUAUGAAGGAAUUUGAUGGUUCCGAUGCCAAAGACCCAAACCUGCUGGAGAAGUGUGAGCGUAUACGACAAGUUCUCCAGCUGCUGUCCUGAGGGUAUUUUUGUGUCUUAAUGGUUGUCUGGUGACAAGGAUGUUGUAUACAGAGACUAUAAAUUUGUUGUAAAGACAUAUUUUCUAAUAAGAAUCCUAAUAUUAGAUUUUGAGAUUUUGUACUCAUAAUUGUUUCCAAUUGCAAAUAUUUAUCAUGUUUUGAGGUGAUGAAAUAAAAAUACCGUAUUUGUUCCAUAGA